UGCUCCUCCUGUGUGAAAUGUAUACUCCUUAUUAUUAAUUAAUUAAUUAAUUUAUUUAUUUAUUUAUUUUAAACCAUUUGAGUCCAGGUUUUUUCUUCUAAUUUUUCAGUUUUUUAAAUUCCAUCAUGUGGAUUCAGCGGGUAAUUACUGCACAUGUCUGAUAAUUCUGUUGUAGAAAGAAUGAGCAGUUUUAAUAUUCUAGUACUCUGUAUUCUGAUGUACUGCCACCAAGGUGACUACACUGAUAAGAGGAUUGAUGUGUGAAGGUUAUUUAGGCUCUAAACGUUACACUUUGUGGCAUGUUUGAUUGAUUUAGAUCAGAGUAAUAGACAUAUCAACACUCGUUUAUUCCUGAAAAGUGUGGUAGCAAAAGCUCAAGCCACACAGACCCAAUCAGAGGCCAGUAUUCAGUUUACCAUUAUCAUAAACCAGGGUGUGUAGUGUCUGACAUUAACCAAUCAAAUCUAAACAAUUUGAUUGUUUUCUUCUAUUUAUUUUUAUUAUUUAUUAUUACUACUUUUAUGACUAACCUUAAUAAUAAUAAAUUUGAAACGCCGGUCAAUGAUUCGUUUAAGAAAUAUUACGUCACACUUAGCCGCGAUCGUGAUUGGACCAUCCGAGCCUAAUCCCGGAAGUUGAUAAGAUGUAAGAUGGCUCUGCUGCGCUGUAGGCGAGACCCGUGCGGGUUUAUCUGUCUCAUUCUCACUUAUUUUAGCGUAUUUUACGCCGACUACGUUGUUAUCCAGUAUGUUCUGAUCCCAGCCUACUCUGGAAGUAUAUGGUGCACACUUCAUGGAUCUGUCUUUAAUGUCAUAUUACUGCUACUUCUGGUUUGUCAUUCAAAAGCUGUGUUCUCUGACCCAGGUAUAGUUCCUCUUCCUGAGACAGCCAUUGAUUUCUCAGACUUGAGGUCUCAGUCCAGUCGUGUGAAUGACCGGGGUUGUGAAGGCUGGACUGUGUGUAGUCGUUGUGAAACAUAUCGUCCUCCUCGUGCACAUCACUGUAGAGUGUGUCAGCGCUGCAUCAGACGCAUGGAUCACCACUGCCCGUGGAUCAAUAAUUGUGUUGGAGAGCUCAACCAGAAGUACUUCAUCCAAUUUCUCUUUUAUACUGGCAUGGCCAGCCUGUACUCCAUGGCUCUGGUGGUGUCAGCAUGGGUGUGGCGUAUACGAAGUGAAAGAGAUGGAGAAAACGGAGGAGAGGAUGUUCCCAGUAAGCAUCUAAUAGUGGCACAUUACAUCAUCUUGUUAGUGGAGUCCAUUCUGUUUGGCGUGUUUGUCCUGGUGAUAUUUUAUGACCAGGUGUGUACCUUACUUCAGUAUUUCAUUAUGGGGCCAAUAGAAAGCACGCACACACACACACACACAAACACGUGUAUAUAUUAUUCAUAUUAUGUGAUGAUGUCCCAUUUUGCCAUGAGCCUGUUUGUUCUCCAGCUGGUGUCCAUUAUAACAGAUGAGACCCCUAUUGAGCAGAUGAGAAACAGACUGAUGAAGGACAGACCCAACAGCGGACAGUCAGUGCACACCACACACACCCGAAAACCGAAAGUGGCUUUGCUGAGGGAGGUGUUUGGAAGAGGCUCUGUGCUGUGUUGGCUGUUACCAUUCCAGUCCUCUCCCCCGUCCACUGGAGGAAUCAGUUACUCACCUGUUCCUGAUUACGAUGUGUAACGAUGUCCGACGUCAGCAUUACUUUAGUUUGGAUGAAGGAAGGAUGAGUGUGUUUAUAAGUGUAGCACUGUGUGUUAUGUAGUAACUCUUAAAAUCUGUGUACACACUCAGUGGUAUCAAGUGGCAAGAGCUAUUAAGUGAGAAAUGUCUCUUUCUUUCUUCCUUCCUCUCCCUCUCUCAUAGCUAUAUGAGGUGUCGUUAUUGGUCCUCAUGGCCUCAUAAUAGUUUAUUGUUGCAAAUAUAACAAACAUAGGAAUAGGGAUGCACUAUUGCAUAUUAACAUACCAAAUUAUUAAUUUAUUAUAAAUAAUUAUGUAACUAAUCUAGACAGGCUGUAAUUAUAUUAGCUAAUAUAAAAUCUGUUCCACGGUCGUAUCUGGUACGUAUAAGAGCAGGUUUGUUUAAUGCAUGAAAAAUCCAUCAAUUUCUUCAAAUUUACUUUUGCAAAUAAAUGCUAAACACUUUAACAUCAAACGUUAUAAUAUACUUGAAUAUAGAUUCUGAGAAGGUUCCAGAAGUUUCUCAACAUGCUGUAUUGGUGUUGAAAUACAGUAGAAAUUGAAGCAGCAGUAUAUCUAACACCAACACUGUGUUAAUGAAAUCAGAGCCUGUCCUAAAGUGCGAUAAAGUCUUUCUUGUUUGGGGCUUUUAAUUAAACAAUGUUAACAAACCCACUAAACAUUACUGACAUUUGUCUUGCACUUAAAGUGAUCGUUUCUUUCUCACUUGAACAUUUGUUUUUUAUUUAUUUAUUUUUAUUGAGUGAUCUGUCAGUCACUUGGUUUAGGGUCUAUAGGUGUUGUAGAUUUUAAAUGUGUAUAUAAAUGUAUUUUAUAGAAUUCAACGUGGGGAAAUGUUGGAGCAUUUUCAGGGUACUGGUUUCAGUUAUUCAAGUGCUUUUUUUUGUAAUAUCAUUUGUAAUACAUUUGUUUUGACAGAUUGAAGGACGUGUGCGUAUAUGUGGUGAAUGUAAUAUGUUUACACUGAUAUUUAUUGUACUUUAACUGUCUAAAUGCUGCUGAAUUAAACAAAAGGACAUCUUUUCAUAUUAUGGCAUUUUGGCUCUGCAUAAUCAAAUCAGCAGUAUGUAUUUUUUUGAUUAUUCAAAAAUGUGACUAAAUUUCAAGUCAAUUCUAUGAUUUCUUCAAAAAAAAAUGAUUUUAUACAAUUGCUAAAAAGAUUUAUGCACUGCCAAGUUCACUUUUUCAAAACUACACAUUUUCAAAACAUUAAAAACUACUGGCAUUACAGUAGGUGAAUUAUUUUACGUAUUGAUGUAGUCAUUUUUUGUGUAAUUGUUUAAAUUUUAACUACAAACAGAAUGGCACAUUACAAUUGUACAACAUAUACAUCUAAAAAUUAUAUUAGGAAAUUAAUAUUCUACUAUUAAUUGGUUACACAUCAAGAAUAACUCUUACUGAGAAAAGUAAACAGGCCUUAGUUGGGGAUGUUGAGGAAAUGCCCCACAUAGCCCCUGGAUCUAAGUGCCUUAAAUAAUAUCUGUAUGGCUUCCUCUGCAAAUUCUGUGAAACCUGAUCAGUUGAGAUUUUAAUAUGCCCCUGAAGGUAUGUUUAGGAUUAAACUGCUUUUAUACAAAAUUGCUUGUCUAUCUAUCUUUAAAAAAAAACGUUUGUAGCCAGGCCCUCAGUGCCAUUCUAUGAAAUUCUUAAAAAAAAAAAAAAAAAAAAAAAUUUUUGUGUCUAAAAAUUCUAUUUUCUCCCUUUGUAGAUUGAGUAAUUUUAAUAUAUUCGUGGUGGGAAUUCAGGACCUCCAGAAAAUGACCAAACUCCUCGGAAUGACUCCAAACCACAAAUGUGUCAUACAAGAAUCUAAAAUAUUUCCUUGAUAGAUGAUUACACUUAAGAAAUGCAGAUUCCUCCCAGCUGCUCAUAUAGAGAUUAGCAUCGGCCGGAGCAGACUUUUCCCCCAUGACAGUUCCAUGAAUUUGGAGGUAAUAUUUUCCAUUAAAUUCAAAAUCAUUACGUGUUCGACUUAGUUCCAGCAGUUGUAAGAUUUCUUUAUCUGGUCUUUUAUUGUCUGGAUAUUUAGAGAAUGUAUCCCUUACUGCCUGCAACCCCAACUGUGAUUAAUAUCAAUAGUAAAAAAGUUUCAGGUACAGUCAAGUUUUUUUAUUUUAUUAACAAAAUCGUAGGUGUCCUGGAUAUAGCUGUUAUGUUUCUGAGACAGUGGAUUAAUGUAAUGAUCUAUAAAUUCAGCCAGACGGUAUGACUCUGAAUCACAGUCACUGACGAGUGGAUGACCGCAUGGCACUCUGAAGGGAACAGUCCAUUUUUCAGGUGGUUUGUGAACUUUGGGAGAAGAUAAAAUUGCCUCAUCUGUGGAGUGUGAGUGUAUUUUGUUACUGGUUUUGUAAAUAUUGCAAAUAUUGG